AUGGACGAGGCCCUGACGCACAAAGCCGGGCCCAGCCUGCGGCCAUUCGAGGGCCCAACCACCCGCUCCCGCAAGCGACGACUCUCUCAGCAAGCUGUUGACGCAGAAGAUGCAGCCCGUCGCCAGGUACGCUGCCCCAGCCUGGGGGACUGGAGCCUGUGCCUGUACAUCCGCUGGACGACGCUGUGCGGGGACAGCAAGGUCACGCGGCUGCCCCUGCGCCUGAUCUCCUCCAUCGAGCAGCUGCAGGGCCUGUUCAGCCGCCUGAUCCGGCACGCCUACGACGGCAGCGACCUGCCCGACUUCCUCACCUCCCCCGCCUUCCUCAUGUGCACGCCCCUGGAGGAGUUUGUCAGCGUGCCCAGCGCCCUCGGCUCCACCCACUUCCGGCUGGUGCUGCUGGCGCAGGACGGGUGGGAGUACACCGUGGCAGAGCGCGACCUGUCUUCCCACCCCGACCCCGCCGCCGACCUCAUGGUCACGAUGGCGGAGUUCCAGAGCAAUGCCCUGGACCUGGGGGACCACGAGGUGGUCUUCAACAUGGUCAGCUACCCCACGGUGUGCGUGCAGCGAGAGGUCGUGGAGCGCAUGAUCGCGCGCUGCGCUGAGGACCCGUCCGCCUAA